AUGUUGUUGCGAAAAGGGCCACAACGAUGGCUGGCCGCGCUGCUCGCCGCUACCAGCCUGGUCCCGGCAGUCCAGGCCCAAUUCUACAAGAUCGGCACACCAGACGAGAUCCGCCAGUCGGCGCGAACACUGGCCUACGAUAUGAUGCUCUACUACAAGGGAAACCAGUCCGGUGAGACGCCCGGUAUCCUGCCCGGCCCGCCAACAGAACACAAGGGCGACUACUACUGGUGGGAAGGAGGGGCCAUGAUGGGCCUGUACAUUGACUACUGGUUUUUGACGGGCGACACGAGCUAUAACCCUGUGAUCAUGCAAGGCAUGCAGCACCAAGUUGGCCCCGACGCCGACUACAUGCCCCCCAACUACACGGCUUCGCUCGGAAACGACGACCAGGGCUUCUGGGGCAUGUCAGCCAUGCUGGCCGCCGAGAACAAGUUCCCGAACCCGCCGGAUGACCAGCCGCAGUGGCUCGCCCUAGCCCAAGCCGUUUUUCAGACCCAGGCCGCCCCGGACCGCCACGACAAUACCUGCAACGGCGGGCUCCGCUGGCAGGUCCCGCCGACGAACGCGGGCUAUAACUACAAGAACACGAUCGCCAAUGCCUGCUUCUUCAACCUCGGCGCCCGCCUAGCGCGCUACACGGAAAACUCGACGUACGCGGACUGGGCGACCAAGACCUUCCAGUGGCUUUGGGACGUGCAGUACAUCGACCACAAGGACUGGCGCGUGUACGACGGUGGGCACGUCGAGGCCAACUGCACAGACAUCAACAAGGCGCAGUUCAGCUACAACGCUGCCCUCCUCCUGCAAGGCGCUGGCUUCAUGUACAACUAUACCAACGGCAGCCAGAUCUGGAAAGACCGCAUCGACGGCCUGCUCACCGGCAUCGAGCGUGACUUCUUCCCCGACGGCAUCGCCUACGAGCUUCCCUGUGAGGGUCGCCAGGGCGCUUGCACGCCUGACAUGUUGACCUUUAAGGGGUACAUCGUCCGAUGGCUCGCGGGUGUAACCAAGGUCGCACCGUACACGGCGCCCCUCAUUAUGCCACUGAUUCAAAAGUCGGCCCAGGCCGCUGUUAACCAGUGCACCGGCGGCGAAACGGGGCGCAAGUGCGGGUUUUACUGGUCUGGUGGCGUUUAUGUCGACACAGCGGUCGACAAGACGACCGGGGCUGGCGAGGCGAUGGAUGCUCUGGCCGUGGUAUCCAGUCUGCUGAUGCCAGAGGCACCAGCACCGGCGAACAACAAGACCGGCAUCAGCCGCGGUGAUCCAAAUGCGGGCAUGCGCAGUUCGGGCACGGGACAACCGUUGGGACCCAUUACCACAGCUGACCGGGCGGGCGCCGGCAUUUUGACGUUGUUGUUGCUCGCCGGUGUCGUGGGGCUUUGGGGAUGGAUGAGUUAUGAAACAUAA